AUGACUCCGAUUUUCACGGCGGCUCUCCUCAAGCAAUCGAAGAUCCUGCGGGCGAUUAAUAUCGUGGAUGUUUCUAAUUCUCUGUCUGGGGCGGUUUUCGAUGCCGGACACAUCGACACAAAACCCAAGAUCAAGUAUUACCGGAAGUCUUCAUUGAGAGAUGCACUUUCCAAUGUGGAUAUAAUAGCUCUGAUGGACAACGCCGACGGUAGGAUCCUCAGCACAGAGCCGAAACUUCAGUUAAUGAUGUCCUCGACUUACGUAAGAGAAAUGGCGAGUGAAAUAUCGAAGAUAAAUCCCUCAGCACUUUUGGCCGUUUUCGCACGUCCAGUCACCGCGACUGUACCCCUCGUAUCCGAAAUUUUCAACAAGAGAAAGUGCUGGGACCCGAAUAAGAUCCUGGGAUCAGUGGCUCUAGAUGCCAUGAGAAUCGAGUCGAUGGCUGCGAAUCUCUUCCACUUGAAUCCCUCGUUUCUGUCGAUUCCUGUCGUCGGUGGGGCUGAUCCCAGCACUCUUGUUCCACUGCUAACGAUAGCCAAGCCCUUGAAUUACAUCAGCCAAGAGCACGAGAAAUUACUGGUGAAUCAAUUGAGAGCCUGCGACAGGGAUUUGGAGGACUGUACUGACGAUUUCAAAGGCCCAGCGAUGUCUUCCGGCGCAGCUGCCGCCAGAUUCAUAUCAACUCUCGCACGGGCUCUCACUGGAGAGCCCAACGUCCGGUGCAGCGCUUACGUACGAUCCAACAUCAUUCCCUUCUGUCGGUACUUCGCAAAUGAAGUUGAAGUGGGGACCACUGGGAUCAAGUGUAAUUAUGGCCUGCCAAAGGUAUCUCCAGUUGCUGUGAACCUCAUUCAGCGGGCCAUUCCGGUUAUCACUGAGUUAUCUGCCAUGGCUUGUGCACCUAUUGAAGAUCCAGAGGAUUUGAAAAUUUGUGAGAAGAUAUGAAGCUCGAUGUGGACAUUAAUUGUUUGAAAUGUCAAUUAUUCCGUUGAAUUUUUGAAGCUGCCUAAACAGGCGGAUGCCUCUUUACCUAUUAUGGAUUUACCGGAAU